AUGGAGGUGCUGUCCGCGGCGCCCAAUCCGAGCGGGGCAGUGCCCCCGGGGCGUCACGAGGGGGCCAAUGGGAGUUCAAGCAGGACAGAUUCUGCUCAACAGCUUGUUAUUGGGCUCGUCGCUGGUGAUUCGGUGCGAGUCCGGGCUGGAGGGGGUGGAGCGGGGCCGCGCUCAGCAGCCGCCGCUCGCGGGGCUGUCGUCGUCUCGGAGGGGGCCGCGGCGCUGGGAGCGCGGCGGAGCUGGGCCGGGCAGCGCGGGGCUGCCCACUUCGCUCCGAGUUUCCAGGUAGGAGGCAGCGAGGGCGGCGGGAGCCUCGGCAGCUGCAACUCCGCUGCCGUCCCGGGGGAGGGGGGCGCGGAGCGGCACCGGGAGCUCCCCCUUCCCCCCCCCACCCCCGCAGCAGCGCGCCCAUCCGCCCCGCGAAGGAGCGGGGACGCCCGCCGCUCACCUCACGGCGGGGACGGGGACUCCCUUCCCCGCCGAACUCCGCCUCGCGCUCCCUCCGAGCGCCCCGGCCGCUCCCCCCGCCGCCGUCCCUGGGGCUGCCCCGACGCUUGGCGGCGGAGAGCGCCCGCCCGCGCCGCCCUCCACCCUCAGCCCCCCUCCACCCUCAGCCCCCUCUGCCGCGCGGCGCCGGCCCACCCCCGCUGCGCCUCCCCCCACACACACCCCCGCCGCGUCCCGGCGGCUGCCCGGCCGGCCGGCCGGCCGCGGAAGGCGUCCCGAGGUCGGGAGCGAGAAGUCCGCCUGGCCGGCGGAUGA